AUGUAAUAAAAUAAGUUAUUGCAGACCAUUUAACAUGUUUAUAAUUUGAGGAAUCCUCUUUUUAGAGAGAAAAUAAUAAUGCUUUGUUUAGUCUAUAUUCAAGAAAACAAAUCAGAAUAUCCAAUCAAAGUAUUACUUGAGUAGUUGCCAUUUUAAUUUGAUGAAUUACUUUUUGAUUACAUCAAGAACUUAAACUCAGAAGAUCCUUUCAUAUUAUCAAAGGCUUUUGAUUUAUUAUCUCACAAAGCAAUGCAAAAGAUUUUGGAUAGAAAUACAUACAUCAAAUAUGAAAUACAGUUGCUUAAAUAUAUUGCUUAAUAAUAUAAGGUCUAAUAAAAUUAUAAUGUGGCUGUUAAGACCAUUAAAUAUGUGUUGGAAUUAGAAUAAAAAAUAGAACCUAAAGAUUAAAUUAGUAUCGUAUCUAGUCGAAUGAGUUUAGUAACUAUAUUAUCUACAGCUGGUCAACAUACAUAAGCUCUUAAUGAAUUAAAUGCUAUAUAGCAUUUCAUAAAUCAAAUUUAAGAUUAGAAACCAUUUUAAAAACUGAUUUGUAUUAUGUAUUAUAAUUAUGGAGUUGAAUGGGAACAUUUAGGUUAAUUAUUUUAAUCAUAAAUUAAUCUCUCAUAAGCACUUGAAAUUGCAAAAGCUAAUAAAUUUGAUGAACUCCUUUAAAUUGUAGAAUAAGCCAUUGCAAAUAUUAAGAAAUCUAAAUGA